AUGGCGCGUAUCAGGACGCUGUCACCAGUCACAGCAUUCAACACCACGUCUGGAAAAUGGCAACGACUUGGGGAUGUAGCGGCCAAUAUCCCUGAGGGUCGACAACACGCAGCCGGUGCAAUUGUUGAUAACACUUUGUACGUCGCCCGCGGUCGAUGGUUCGAGAAGUCCAAUAUUCGCGACGAUGUCUUCAUGCUGAACCUCAACAGCUUGACUUCUGGUUGGGAAACGGGCAAGACACGCAUGCCAACUGCCCGUGGGGGCAUCGCGGGCGCAGCUCAUGCGGCGACAGGUCUAUUUGACGACGUGUGGGUGUUUGACGUCGAGACGCAGAAGUGGGAGGAGUUGGCGCCUAUGCAGGUUCCGCGCCAUGGAACGAGCGCCGCCGCAGUCGGAAAGAGGAUUUACAUCCCAGGAGGUGGCCUCCAGCAGGAUGGCCUGAUGAUCAUGGUCAACGGUGUUGGACAUUUCCUUAACACGACUGAUCCCUUUGACGUUCUUACAGCCUAG